GCUCAGGUACAGCCCGAGAGAGCGGAGAAGAACCGAGCCUUCAACGAGAACCUCCGGCGUCAGCUGGGCCUGAAUCCCGCACACGUACCUCAGGGGUCAUGUGCAGGUCCGGUGUAAGGGGUUUGGGUGAAGAUUAGUGACGUAAAAGGUGAUUAACGUUAAUUUUCUCUAAAGUAAAAUAGCUCAGCUUUACUUCCGCGAUCCGCGCGCAGAGACGGCGGAUUCACAACAAAACAGCGAAGAUUUGUGACCCGAGCCUAUGAGGUCCUGAGCGCGGAGUGCCAUGCCUGGCCACAGCACUGCACCGAACCACAAGUCCCGCUCCCACACACACGGUUCGGGGCGCUGUAGGGCCGAGGGCUACCGGCAAGGUCGCGCCAACUCCCGGGACAGCACCACCAGCCAGGACUCCUGCCGGGAUCAUCACGGCACUGGCCAAGAACUGUACUUGGAUCACCACGGCACCUGCCAGGAACCAUACCGGGAUCGUCAUGCUGCUGGACAAGACCUGUCCCGGGAUCACUACAGUGACCGGCCACGGAUCAUUGACACACAGCCCUCCCAAAAGCCUCCGUCACGCUAUGCCAAUGGCCGCAGCUCCGAGACGCUGGGCUUCAUCCCGGGUUCGGCAGCGGUGCCGGUGGGAGGAGGCAGAGCCUGCGGUUCCUGCUCCUCCAUGGGCUGGAGUGGCUGCAGAGCCUUGCUGUGCUGCGUGCUCACUUGCGGCCUUUACGGCAACCGCCAGCCCUGCUUACCUCCUAACGAGAGCUCCACUGACGCCCUGCCGAAGUCUGAGCCAGAGCCUCGGAGAGCCCCCAUCCUGGCCAUGACCAACCCCACCUGCGGCAUAACGCUGGAGCCCAGCAAGCCCCCGCAGCUGCCCAGUUCUGAAAGCUUCCGCUAUCGUGAUGUCUACCUAGCUGGAAAGAAGGUGGUUUACCCCACCAACUCAGAAGCUCCGGCACGUCGUAGCAGGGCAGCGGGUAAAGGAGAGAGCCAGCGUCCGGUGAGCAAUACCAGCAUCUACUCCAGAGAGGAUCUGGAUGUGGACGACGUGGAUGAUGGCGGCACAGACAUCGACUCACUUAUCACCAAGAAGCUGCUGGAGCUCUACAAGCUUCACCAGAUUGAGCAGCUGGCAAAGUGUACAUCAGACCAGUCCUUCUCACGAAAGACCAACGAGAUCAGCGACCUGAUCAACAGCAUCGCGCAGGACUACAACCUAGAGGAGCAGGAGGCUGAGUGCCGGUUGGUGCACGGCGUCAUACGCAUCAGCACACGCAAGUACAAGUCUCAGAGCUCCAAAGCCUACAGCAACAAGGACUACAGAUCCCAGGAUGCACUGCUCCAGGCCAAUGGGAGGAGGGAUGGGACGCUGCCCGACAGCGGGAACGAGACGAUGACCUUCACCUUCAGCAAUGGGGAGCCAGAGGUUCAGGUGUCCGAUUUGACGCCGUCAGAUGAACUGGCCCGGAAGAUGAGAAUGCACAGUGGACGCAGCGCGUAUUACUCCAGCACAGCCACAGGAACAGACUCUUCAGGGGCACCUCUGCUGUGCUGACCACCCAGUUGGACUGGAUUUGAGACUCUACAACAGAACUAAAGACCACUCGGAUGCAUUAGAGACUGCACAACAGAAUUAAAGACCAUUCAGAUGGAUUAGACACUCCACAAAUGAACUAAAAACCUUUCAGGUGGACUAGAGACUACUCAGCUGAUGUAGGCACUGAAUUAGAGACCACACAGUGGGACUUUGAAACUGCAUGAAGACGGCUCAGCUGCUCUAGAGACCACUCAGCUUAACUAGAGACCACAUGGCAUGGUUAGAGAACACUCCACUGAGAUAGAGGCAGCAUGGCAUGGUUGGAUACCACUCCACCUUAGUAGCAAUUAAAGACUGCUCAGCAGGUGUAAAGGCCACUCAACUGGGAAACAUAGCUGGGUUAAAAACUACCUGGUUGGAUGAUAAAGUGUAUGGUUGCAGUAGAAACCACUCUAGCUGGGCUAGAGACCACUCAGUGGGACUAGAAACCACCUAACUAGACCACAGAGCAGAGUAGAUCCCUCUCAACAAGAUCAAAGACUACACUGCUAGGCUAGAGACCACACGGCCAGGUUAAAGACUGCACAAUAGCACUAGAGUCACCGUAGCUGGAUUAGAGACCACUUAUCUGGGCUAGAGACUGCUCUCAUGGACUACAGACUACUCGGUGAGAUUAGACACCACCUGGCACCACAGCAAAAUUAAAGACUGCACAGCUGGGCUAGAGACCACAUGGCUAGGUUAUAAAGAUGGCACAACAGCACUAGAGACGCAACAGUUAGAUUAGAGACUGUCUAGUUAACUGCUGAGUUUAAGAUUGCAUAACAAGACCACUCCAUUGGACUAGAGAUCAAACCAUUCAGCUGAGCUAGAGACUACUCAGAUGGACCGGAGACAGCUCAGCUGGAAUAGGGACCCCUUAGGUGGACUGAAGACUGCUCAGCUUAGAUAGGGACCCUUCAGAUGGAUUAGAGACUGCUCAGCUGGACGAGAGACCGCUGAGAUGGCCUGGAGACCACUCAGCUUGGCUAAGGGCCCUUCAGAUGGAUUAGAGACUGCUCAGCUGGAUGAGAGACCACUGAGAUGGGCUAGAGACUGCUCAGAUGGAUUGGAGACAGCUUAGCUGGGCUAGGGACCUUUCAGAUGGACUGGAGACCACUCGACUGGACAUCGCUCAACUGGCCAAGGAACCCUUCAGAUCUACUGGAGACUGCUCACCUGGGCUAGAGACCAGUCACAUAGGCUAGAGACUGCUCAGAUGGAAUGGAGACUGCUCAGCUGGCCUGUAGACCACUCAGAUGGAUUGGAGACUAAACAAGGCACCAGUUGUAUCCGUUGAGCCUCCUGUCUCUUCACUGCUCCAGGCAGCUGUCCAACCUGUCCAGGAGUGUUUUAUCAGAGUGAGGACGUUGGCUGAGGUCAGGCUGAUGGGAUUAGGCUGAUGUUCUGUAUCCGUGACCAUCCUGAGAAGAACCCAGCUCGGUCUGAAGCUGAUAAGAUGGAUGUGUCCUCCUGGUGUCUCCUCUGUCCACCGUAUUUACGACUUCAUCACUGUUUUUAUAUUUUCUUUAUUUUUCCCUCCGUUGUACAUGAGCAGCUGCCCCUCCGUCUGAUGGAUGAGGCUAGAGUGAUGUGCCUGGCUUUGGUUCCUCGCGCUGCUCCUGUCCGUAACCGUCCUCCUGUUAUGCCAUCCUGAGAUCAUCUUCAAACUGUCUUAUGUUACAAACUGAGCUACAUUGUUUUGCCCCACAUUUUCUGUUAUUUUUUCACUUUUAUAACACGUUAUGAUGUUUAUUGUUCUGUUUUGUGUUUUUUUAUAAAUAAAAGUAUGUUCUAUAUUUUCUCUGAUUUUUGUUCACAUGUGUGAAGUGCACAGUGUGUUUGACAUGGGUGUUUAUGGACUCUGAUGGUGUUUUAUUUUGAUCUGAUAUUUUUGAGGAUGAGCCAAAAAAAAAAAGCCAUUUAUUUACUAAAUGCUGCACUUUUUAAAUUUCCCUAGAUAUUUUUUUGCUUCCUUCCUCUCAUUCUCUUUCUACUCUUUUUCUUCUUACUCACUUUCUGAUGGCUCUCC